CGAUGCGCCGGGCGGUCGCGUCGACUGGCGUGCCCGUUGUUGCUCGUAACUUCGAAACUAUUUCACGACAUAAUGUAAAGUUCCAAAUUCGAAAAUCGAAUACACCGGCCGCGUUUAACUCACUGUGUAAUAUAUAAACGACUCGGACCAAUGUUUAACAAUAGUUUUUAAGUUAGAGAAAUUAAGUAGGCUCGAUUUACCUGCAUGCUUCCCACGAGUGCGAGGCGGUUACCUGUAUCGGAUAAACGAACAUUUUUCAAAUGGAUGUGCGUUUUUAUUAUGUGAAUGUGCGUGAUCUGUGCUAUUUCUUCGUGUCUGCGGGUUUGUUUAUGACCAGUUUUUACCGUGGUGACGUGAUCAAAAUUGUAAGAUAUUGCAUUGAAAAAAUGUAUGUCCGCGGGGGAGAGAGGGGCCUGCUAGCCGCGUUGCUGAUCGGUUCGCUUGCGGUGGCGUCGUCACAAUAUACGAAAGUGCGGGAUCACACGACACACCACGUGACCAGAUUACGGCAUUCCAGACAUCUGGAUGGGUACCACACGUCCUUCAUCCCUGCGACGUCACCAAAGCUGGCAGUCAAAGACAACCACAAACCUCUCUUCACGGAAUGUUUAAACUAUAGGCCGACGUUAAAGGAAGAGCAGCCAGUUGGAACUUAUGUAUUCACGGUGCAUGCAGAGGAUCGGGAUCCACCCGACAUGGGUGGUACAGUGACAUACAAAUUCGUGUCAACUCCAGGAGAGAAGGAGAGAUUCCAUGUCGACCCAGAAUCUGGAAGAAUAACUACUGCCGAUAUAUUUGAUCAUGAUGAGCCGUCCAGAGAAAAGGAAGCGUAUAUAACAGUACGAGCGAGUGAUAACGGACAGCCACAACUCGACGACGCCUGCACCAUCAAAAUAUUGAUCGAAGACAUCAACGACAACCAGCCGGUCUUCGACAAAGUUUCGUAUUCUGAGUCGGUUCCCCAAGACCUUGCGAGUGGUCGGGAGGUGAUGAGGAUCUCGGCGACUGACAUCGACGAUGGGAACAACUCCAUCGUCCACUACAGCUUGGACUCCAACUCGCCGGAUCAAGCCUACUUCUACAUUGACCCAGACAACGGAGUCAUAUUUCUGAACAAAACUAUUGACAAACAACCAGGGUAUAAAUUCAAGCUGAGCGCUAUAGUGAAGGACAUGGGUGACCCACCACAGCAGAGCUCCAUAACGCUGGACAUCCAAGUGGUAGAAUCCAACAAGAAGAGUCCCUCCUUCAUAGAAGUUCCCGACGAGCCGAUAAGACUGAAGGAAAACUACGCCGACUUCAACACACCUAUUGCGACAGUUCGGGCAGUCUCAAACAUUCCUGAAGAGAAGAAGCUGCAAUUUGAGCUGGUGAUGGGCCAGACAGAACAGACGAACAAAUGGCACACAUUCGUGCUGGAACCGGAAGCGGAUGCUGCGUACAUCAAGCUCGGAAACCAUCUGGAUUAUGAGAAGAUCACGGAUUACACGCUUACUGUUAGAAUACAGAACAACUACAAACUAGCAGCUGAAACAAUCAUCCAGAUAGAAGUCGAAGACGUCAACGAUAAUAUUCCUAUCUUCAGCGAAAUCCGAUCUGGUAGCGUUCUAGAAAACGAACCGGCUGGUACCCCAGUCAUGCAGGUCAGGGCUUUCGACGCCGACGGUACUUCAGCGAACAACCAAGUCACAUACGAACUAGGAGACCCCUCGGAUCCAUUCACGAUAGACAGCAUCACUGGAAACAUCACAACCCUGAAAAUGUUCGACAGAGAAGAGCGAAGCUUCUACAACAUCAAGAUCAUAGCGACUGAUAAUUCAGAAUCGGCGCUCAUACCGGGGAAGCAUAAUGCGGGACAGCAAGUGUUUCUGAUAGAGAUAGCCGAUAAGAACGACAAUCCGCCGCACUUCACACAAGACACGUACGUUGCUGAGUCUAUUGCCGAGAACGCGAAUAUCAACGAACUGGUUACGCAAGUUACAGCGCUGGAUACAGAUACAGCGUCCGUCGUGACAUACAGCAUAGUCGGUGGUAACACCUACGAUGCAUUCGUCAUUCGAAACUUCACCGGCGAGAUUCGAGUGAACAACGAGCUGGACUACGAGAACAUCACAGACUACAAGCUCGAAGUCAGGGCAUUCGAUGGCCUUUACCAGGACUUCGCCAAGGUCAUCAUAAAAAUUGAAAAUUUGAACGACAACCCUCCUGUCUUCUUGGCGAACUACUCCAAGACUAUUGAGGAAGAGAAACUGUAUGAGGGGUGCAUAGUUAAGGUGGAAGCCUACGACCCGGACUUGGAUCGGAGCGCGCCACAAAAUAUAGUUUACUCCCUGGUCAAGCACGAACAGAAGAAUUUCCUCCAAAUCGACAACGACGGUUGUCUUCGGCUGACGAAACCUCUAGACCGUGACCAGCCGACAGGGUUCGCGAGGUGGCAGAUUCUCAUCAUGGCUGCUGACCACGGAGGCAGAUUGGGCUCGGACAGCCUUCGGUCCACCACCGAAGUCAUAUUGGAGCUCACUGAUAUUAACGAUAACGCCCCGUUUUUGACAAACACCCAGCCAGUGAUCUGGUAUGAAAACGAGCAACCGGGGAAGGUGGUGGAACUGACGGCCAAGGACUAUGACUCGGCAGAAAACGGGCCACCAUUCACAUUCGCGCUCAACGAGUCAGCAAGCUUCGAUAUACGUUCUAAAUUCCAUAUACAAGGCAACACUCUCUCCACCCUGGUCUCGUUCGACCGGGAGGUGCGCAAAGAGUACCAUAUCCCGGUAGCCAUCACCGACUCCGGCACCCCCCGGCUGACCGGCGUCUCCAUCCUCCACGUGGUGAUCGGAGACAGGAACGACAACCCCAUGGGACCCGGUCAUAGUGAUAUCUUCGUGUAUAAUUAUAAGACGGAAAGGGACUACAAUUCUAUAUACAGCUCCAAAUAUUUUCUGGAAAGGGACUACAACUUGAUGUAUAGUGGAAAAUACUUCAUGGGUGAAGCCCCAGACACGGAGAUCGGGCGGGUGUUUGUCACCGACCCUGACGACUGGGACCUGCCGGACAAGCGGUUCAUGUGGCUGCCUUCCUACGAGCAGCGAAGCCCAUACUUCGACGUGCACAGCAAUACCGGCAUGAUCACCAUGAAGGAGGGUACGCCGAACGGCACGUAUCUACUACAUUUUAAUGUGACGGAAGAGAACGAACCCCUGGUUCCGUUCCACUGGGUGGAGGCCACAGUCAACGUCACCAUCAAGGAGAUACCGGAGGAGGCGGUAGACAAGUCCGGGUCUAUCCGGUUCAUCAACGUCACAGCUGAGGAAUUCAUCGUACCUGAGGCCGAUGGCACCAGCAAGAAGGAGAAGCUGCACCGUCGCCUAGCGGACCUCUACAACAAGUCCAUGGACAACGUGGACGUGUUCACUGUGUCCUCCAAGAUGACAGUCAAGGACGCGUUCCUGGACGUCCGGUUUUCCGCCCACGGGUCCCCAUAUUUCGAGCCGGAGAAACUAGACAGUAUGGUGAUCGGGAUACAGGAUAAGCUCGAAGAGGAACUCCAAGCGAAGAUCUACAUGGUGAAGAUUGACGAAUGCCUGAUCGAGAAGGAGCAGUGCGAGGACUCGUGCCGGAAUGUCCUCAUUAAGAACAACGUGCCGCUCUCCGUGUAUACCAACACCACCAGUUUUGUUGGCGUCUCCGCACGCGUGGAGUCGGAAUGUACAUGCGAUAUCGUGGAACCGCUGAUAUGUUUGAAUGGAGGUACACCCUUCGCGGACAAGUGCGAGUGCCCCGAAGGCUGGAACGGGCCGCGGUGUGAGCAGACCUCUAUCGGUUUCCAUGGCGAUGGGUGGGCGAUGUACCCCGCACCCCCCGCGUGCCACGAGGGCCACGUGACUAUGACUCUGACGUCACACUCCAGUAACAGCUUGGUCUUCUACGCUGGCCCCCUGCGGUUCAACCCGCUGUUGGAUGUGCAAGACUUCAUGUCUCUGGAGCUGGUGGAUGGAUACCCGAUCCUCCUGGUCAACUACGGCUCGGGGACCACAAGGCUCAACAACAGCGUCGUCCACGUCGCCGACGGCAAACCCCACCUCAUCGAGAUAGUCCUCAUGAGGAGUUCCAUUGAGAUGUUCGUGGAUAGAUGCAAGCUGUCCACGUGCAUGAGCCUCGCCGCACCGACGGGGCCGAGAGAGAUCCUGAACGUAAACGGACCGCUGCAGCUGGGCGGCGCUAGUGUAGAUCUGCAGGCGCUAGGGCGGGCGUUCGGUUGGCGACACGUCCCCACCAACCAGCACUACCUGGGCUGCAUCAGCAACUUCACCUAUAAUGAUUACAUGUACAACCUGGGCAAGCCGUCAGUGGAGAAGAACGCGGACGCCGGCUGCCAGAAGAGCGUGUUCACGGCUGUCACCUUCGGCAUCGACACCAACUUCCUCGUCGCCAUACUCGUCUGCAUCGUUAUAUUGAUCAUCCUCCUCCUAGCUGUAGUCGUCCACCGCAAGCGAGCUGACGCGUGGGCGGAGAAGGAGCUGGACGAUAUCAGAGAGAAUAUCAUCGCUUACGAGGACGAGGGGGGCGGCGAGGGGGACGCGGGAUACGACCUGCACGUGCUCCGACAGAUGUACGACGCGCCGCCUGAUGAUCCCGGCUUCGUGCAUGCGCCUGUGGUGGGAGCAGCUCCAGACAUCUCCGGUUUCCUGGACGACAAGAAGUCCGUCCUGGACCGCGACCCCGACAUCAAUCCCUACGACGACGUGCGCCACUACGCGUACGAGGGGGACGGCAAUACCAGCGGCUCGCUCUCCUCGCUCGCCAGCUGUACCGACGACGAGGAUCUCAAGUUCAACUAUUUGUCGACGUUCGGGCCGCGGUUUCGUAAGCUGGCCGACAUGUACGGCGAUUCCGACGACGACCGGCCACAUGAGGAGUCAUGGUGCUAGCGCCGCGCCUGGCUCGUCUAGCCGGCUCGACAUCUGUAACGUCUGGAUCGUAACGUUCGGAGUGUAACGUUCGGGUUGUAACAUUCGGGCUGUACCGUUCGGGCUUUAACGAUCGGACUGUGAUGUUCAGGUUGUAACGUUCGGGAUGUGACGUUCGGGCUGUAUCGUUUGGUCUGUAACGUCUUGAUGGAACUUUCGAGCUGUAACGCGCGGAUCGUAACUUCGAGCUGUGAUAUCUGGAUUUUAGCAUCUGGAUCAUAUCGUCUGGAAUGUAACGUUUGAGCUGUAACGGCCAGAUGUAUUGCCCGCAAUAUAACGUCUGAAUCGUAACCGUUUGGAUUGUAACGCCCCGAAUGUAACGUACGAAUCGUGACGCCCGGAUCGUAACGUUCGAUCUGUAUCGUCCGGAGUGUAACGUCGGUGAACCGGCAGACGAAAAUGACUGUAUGUAGUGUUGUGUUGGACCCCACCGGCCUGGACUUUAUAAAUAGGUAAAAAGCCUGUGAUAAUUAUGCUUCGAUUAUGUUCGAACGUCCACAAGUUAAGUUAGGCAGCUUAAUACGCUUCAUACCAGUCUGUAAAACUAUCAGGAUUAUUUUCAUUCGAUUGUAAAUUGCAGUAUAAAAAUUGGGGAUGUUAAUAUGUUUUAAGAAACGACUGAAUCGUAAUGUUGUUUAGGCUAAAUACGCCCAAAAGUGUAAUUUUACAUGUAAGAUCGUAAGUAACGUACUACAAUUUUUUUGUACUCUUUUGUAUUGUAAAUUAUUGACAAUUUGAGUAAUCGCUUGUAGUAACGCGCCAAAAGAUUUGAUAUUAGUCUUGUGUUCAUAGGUCUACAUCUAAUUUCAAAUCGAGUAUGGAAAAUCGCUUGAAAAACCCCGUGUUUUACGGCGUUUUUCACGCGAUUUUCCUAAGGUUUAAGUGCCAUUUUCCUCGGAUUUUCAGUUGUGACGAUUAAUCGAUCGUGUUUAAACAAUUGUUACAUUUUUGUACUAGACGUAAGUUUUUUAUUUUUUUAUUGUAUCCUCCGAGAUAUUUAAUUGUAAUUAAGUUCAAAUAAAGAUAUGAUUCGAU